CCGGAUGUGACGACACCACUCCUGACUCCUGACGCCGUGCUGGUGAGCGGGCAAAGCGUGUUGCGUGUCUGUCUCAAUUUGUGCAAGUUUUAAGAUGAAGAUUUAUUUCUGCGGAAGCAUCCGCGGCGGCAGGGACGACGCGUGCGUUUACGAGCACGUGGUCAAGACGCUCGGAAAGUUCGGGAAGGUUCUAACGGAGCACGUGGGCGACAGCGAGCUCACCGAUACAGGGGAGGAGUCGCAGGAUGUAGCCAUUCACGAUCGCGACAUGGAGUGGCUCAGACAAGCAGACGUCGUCGUUGCCGAGGUGACGCAGCCGUCGCUGGGCGUGGGCUACGAACUCGGCCAUGCCUACCUGAUGAGGAAGAGGACGUUGUGUCUCUUUCGACCAUCAGCUGGACGCAAGUUGUCGGCCAUGAUCCGAGGUGCGGCGGAUGGGGAGCGGAUGUUGGUGAUGGAGUACAACGGCGAGGACGAUGUGGGCAACAUCCUGGAUAACUUCUUCAAAAUAAAGCCUCACUGAAUUCUACUUCAUGCUCUCUCAUUAAACGCACAAACUGGGGCACUUGGAUAUUUGUUUGAUGGUCUUAAACAUUCAAGUGGGGGAAACUAUGAAAAAAUAUCAGAAUUAGAGAAGGGGGCCAAUACUUUUCAUGGCAAUGUACACAUGCAUACUGGAAUGAAGGUAUAUAUUUGUGGGCACUCUCGGGUGGAAAUGUGUACAGUGAUGCAGGGGGUAGAAAAUUGUGCACUGAAUGCACAGUGUGUGUUUUUUACCCGUUUUGUUUUCUGGACCCAGGAAGGUCUACCCCAGUAAGAUUAGCUCUUCUAUGUUGCAAAAGGGCGGAACGGUGGACGACCGGUUAGCACGUCGGCCGACCGGUUAGCACGUCGGCCUCACAGUUCUGGGGACCGGGGUUCGAUCCCCGGCCCCGCCUGUGUGGAGUUUGCAUGUUCUCCCCGUGCCUGCGUGGAUUUUCUCCGGGCACUCCGCUUUCCUCCCACAUCCCAAAAACAUGCAUGGCAGGUUAAUUGACAAUUCUAAAUUGCCCGUAGGUUUGAAUGUGAGUGAGAAUGGUUGCUUGUUUGUAUGUGCCCUGCGAUUGGCUGGCAACCAGUUGAGGGCGUAAUCCGCCUCCUGCCCGAUGAUAGCUGGGAUAGGCUCCGGCACGCCCGCGACCCUAGUGAGGAGAAGCGCGACAGAAAAUGGAUGGAUGGAUGUUGCAAAAGCUAAUGGGGAUCCAAUAAACAAUUCCUAGUGGGAUUUUUGUGCGAGGGAUGCUUCCCAUCAGGCAAAUUUUUCUUGGGAACAGAAAACUCAAAACUGGUGCAUGUUUUUUUUUUACAGGAGAGGGCUGCUUUAACCGAGACUUCCAACCUCGUCACAUUGAUUGACUCGACUCUGCGUUGGGUGACCCCGGACUCCGAUUAGCUGUCGGCGUUCACAUACAGGUGCAUCUGAACAAAUUAGAAUACUAUAGGAGAGUUCAUUGUAUUUCAGGAUCGCAAUUCCAAAAGUGAAACCGUUUCUCAUGUAACAUUCUAAUUUCCUGGCAACGGUAAAAUGUGUUUUUUUUGUUAGCUGUAAGCUAAAAUCAUCAAAAUAACAAAUCAAAUCAUAGUUUAGUUUUUUUAGAAUUUAACUCCAGAAAUACGAUACGUUUUCUCCUUCUAAUUUAUUGAGAUGCACCGGUACUUUUUCCACCGUGGUGUGCACUGUGAAUGUUACCCUCGUGUGCCCAAUAAAACCAUCAUCAUCGUU